GUAGGUUUGUAUAUAGGCCAGAUGCUCUGAGGGAGUGGUUAGACGAGCUGGUAAAAACCAAACUGAAGGAUUACUCGCUUCCGGUACAGAUCAGUACACCGCCCGGAAGUGCUCAGCGGCGCAGGUGUGUCUCGUACAGGUGUGGAGCCGAGACAGGAAGUUCACGUCAUAUCGGAUCUUACUUUUAGACCCAAUUUGACCGAGAAGGAUCAUUCUAAAAGUUUAUCCCAAAAUAUCAUAAUCGGAAUUUUAUAAAGAUGCGCUUCAUGCUGCUGUUCAGCAGACAGGGGAAGCUGCGUUUGCAGAAGUGGUACACGCCCACCUCGGAGAGAGACAAGAAGAAGCUGGUUCGGGAGCUCAUGCAGCUGGUUCUGGCCCGCAAGCCCAAGAUGUGCAGCUUUCUGGAGUGGAGGGACCUGAAGAUCGUGUACAAGAGGUACGCCAGCCUGUAUUUCUGCUGUGCAGUGGAGGAGCAGGACAACGAGCUCAUCACUCUGGAGGUGAUCCAUCGCUUCGUGGAGCUGCUGGACAAAUACUUCGGCAGCGUCUGUGAGCUGGAUAUCAUCUUCAACUUUGAGAAGGCCUACUUCAUCCUGGAUGAGUUCCUGAUGGGGGGAGAGAUUCAGGACACCUCCAAAAAGAGUGUUCUGAAAGCCAUAGAGCAGGCUGACCUACUGCAGGAGGAUGAUGAAUCGCCCCGCAGUGUUCUAGAAGAGAUGGGACUGGCGUAGUGGCUCUAGAACCCAAAACCUAGAACCCAGAACUUUAGACUGUAUCUAUUAACCCCCCACCCCUGCAACACACUGCCUCCUAGUGGAUGCAAGGAAGUAAUUUUAAUAAAUAGUGCACAGAGCAGCUGUAAUACUUCUCGGAUCCACCAGGGGCAGCGUGAUGCUUUGACCCAUUCAGUCCUGAAUAAUUCUCCUCGCACUGAAGGAAGCAAAAUGAAGCAAUGUAAUUCAAACAGGAACUCCUUUAUUGAUUAUACAGGACCACAGGACAUUUAAAAAAAAAAAAAAAAAAAAAAAUUUCUAUGUAUUUUGGUAAAAGUGUUUUUAAGACGCUCUCAGCGCAGCUGAGAUAAGGCGGGACUUGUUUUUUUUUUUUUUUUUUUU